CUGUUUCUAGGCGUCGGGGGGAGCGAUGCAUGCCGGGAGUUGUAGUGUUGUAGUCCAUGCCGUUUUUGCGGUUCGCUCUGAAAGCUGUCCCGCAACAUCGAUAAUGAAACCACGCCACACAUCUUCCAAUAAAAUGGGGAAACCAACCAGUGGGAGAUCAGCAAAAAAUCCUUCUAAAUCGCAAAAUCAACAAGGGCCUUCCAGCAAAAAAAAGGGAGCAGAUGAACAAGGAAGAAAACAAGGUCAAAAAAGACAGCAGGUCCCUCAGAAAGUCAAAAGGGAAGUUAAGGAAUUCAAGGACUAUUCCCCUGCAGGAGAAAAUGGUUCUUCAAAAAAGGUGAAGCUGUCCAGUGCUACAGUAGGAUCUUGGCGGCCUCUCUCAGAGAACAGUAGGCUGUUCCUGGAAAAUAUAGUGGAUUCAGUAGUACUAUCUGUUUUGUCCCAGCAGAGGAAGAAAAAAGAUGAUGUUCAGAAGCACCUCAAUGUACUGAAAAAAAGGGUACUGAGAAGUUUCAAGUCUUUAAAGGUGCCUCCAGGGGAGCUGGGCAACCUGAAGAGUAUCCUGAGCCUUCAAAUGGCAGAGAAGCAAAUGCUUGAGACAAAUGAGGAGUCUCUGGUACAACUGCAGGAAGAAAUAACUGAAGCAGAACGAUCAGCAGAGCGCACUAAGGAAAAUAUACAGCAGCUGAAGUACAAAAUCCAGGUGCUCAAGAACCAGCUGAAGGAAGAUGAAAAAGAUGCCAGGAAGAUAUUCCAGGAAAAUGACAGUGGAGCACUCCACCUCCCAGAACUCCCUAAGCACAGUUUGCAGGCACCCAUUUUGCAGGAGGAAAUUUUGAAGGUAAAGAACCAGAAGGGCCUUUUAAAUGAUAUGAAUGCUAUUCAGCAGUCAGCUGACUUGAAGAACUUGUUAACCCUCAUUGAGAAGACCUAUGAGAAGGUGGAUUUGCUUUGAGAAGCCAAAUGUGUGGAGUGUCCAUGCUGAGUUUCUGAGAAUCUGCUUUCUUCCUAAUGGCCUUCCUGUUGUGACUGCUGAAUUUCUGUUAAAACAUUUUCUGUUAACAUUGGUUUAUAAAUCUGUGGACACAUUUUGGGACUCAAGUGAUUUCAGUCAUCUGUCAAGGUUUUAUUGGGGUUUUUUUUGACCUGUGCUGAUUUCUAAUGGUGACGUGUCUAUCCUGUCUUAGGGCAAGGGAAACAAAUGGAUCCUGGGUUAUUUGGGUUUUUUUUACAGAAUAAGGGAGCUAUUCCAUUGUAUUUGCACUUCUAUAUCUGUAAAUCACUGAAGGCAGUGUCUUUAACCAAAGUAGUUUUUAUCUGGUAGUUUAAACCCAAAACAGGUAAAAAUAAGCUUGUCUAAUACUCAGUUGUAAACCCCCUGUUCAACUUACUAUUUUCAAAAUAAACUCUCAGU